UUCUCAUUCUCAUUCUCAUUCUCUUUUUGAAGCUCUUUCUACCUCCAUCGAUCUUAAACACUUUUAUUUAAUUAUCAAUUAUUUUCAAAUGGGAAGAGAUAAUCAUGGAGGUAGCUGAUCAUUCAUGUUCAUCGUCAAUAGAUAGCAGCAACCACCCUCCUUUCCCCUCUUCUUCCUCUUCUGUUGUUUCAAGUAAUAUUAAAAGAGAUUUGAGCACUGAUCUAAGGUUAGGUCUCAGCAUCCACAAUAAUGACGAUUGUUCAACUUCAACGCAAAGUGGUGAUGGGUUUGACUGGCCGCCAAUCAAGCCACUGUUAAGGAGUAGACUUGCAGAUAAUUACGUGCAACAGCAGCAGCAGCGCCAUGAGAAUAGUGCAUCUUUGUUUGUGAAGGUUUACAUGGAAGGAAUACCAAUUGGUAGAAAAUUGGAUGUUUAUGCACAUCAGGGUUACAAGGCAUUAAUAUCAACUCUUGCGCAUAUGUUUAAGACCAGCAUUGUGUUGCCAGAUAGUGAUGAUGUUCAUUGGAAUAGGGAGAAACACCAUGUUUUAACUUACGAAGACAAAGAAGGAGACUGGAUGAUGGUUGGAGAUGUUCCUUGGGAGUUGUUCCUGACCACUUUGAAAAGACUAAAGAUAACGAGAGCAGACAGAUGCUAGCUAGGUUAUACAAAAUGAAUUCAUUACUUACUUGAACACCUUCAAUUCUAUUCUUGGUGGUUUAGUGGAACCCCUCAUGUAUUUGAGUUGAUUAUAUUAAACAUUGUACAGUAGUGUUUUAUUUGUUAUAUACAGCAACCAUUAAUGAAA